GAAACCGCCAUUAGCUCCCACGGACAGAGUUGCUAAUUGCACGUCAGCCACAACUGACGUGGAGAUGUGUGUGGCGUUCGGUUUAGAAACAUGCUGCUCUUUGUUCGUUUUAGCCUCAUCACCGCAUAGUGAAGAAAGACUGUUAGCCAAUAGCGAGCGAGUAUUCGGUGGAAAAACUAAAUCGCUUGAGAUCGGUGUUCUCGACUGGAUGCUGGCGAAGAUCUCUUCUCGCACACGCUACUGUUUUUAUAUCAGUGAUGUUCAAGGAGUCGCGCGGUUUAGUUCACGUGGUCUGAGCGGUUAGCGGAAAAGUGAUUUAUAAGUGGUUCAGAAGACAUGAAUACAUUUAUCUAUACUGUGAGAUCUUUCGGUAUUUCGAGUUAAUGUAUGUGAAAUAAAUGUGCAGUGUUUAUUUGAGCAUUGAAUAGAAUAUUGAUUGUUGUGACUUUGAUAGGAGAACUUCGUAACAUAAAUGUACAACAAAAUGUCUAGUUUCGAAUCUUCAGAGGGCGAGAUUUGCCAACCAGUGUGCGAUACAGAAUCAUAUUACGAAGCACCACAGCACUAUUAUACGCAGCUUUAUCCAGCGGAUUCUCAAAAUACUGGCGCUCAUGUGAUACAACUGGAAGAGGAAGGGUACUGGGGAUCGCCAUGCAGUUCCAGUGAAUCCCCCGAGAAUCGAGACGAGUAUUCCCCGGGCCAGAAUGUACUGUCGUCGCAAUCCGGACCGGAAGGAUCAUCACCAUAUGGCAGUCAGUAUCACCAUCACCACCAUAAUCAGCAAGUGUACUGUCCCAUUGGGUAUGAGAAGUCAAGUUACAUAUGCGACGAAGGCUACUAUGGAGCCAUAACGACAACCAACAUAAACGGUGAAUUAGUAUCAUCUGUGAAUGCAUCCAGCUCAAUAGUUUCCGGAAGUAUGCCAGUAGUACGAGUGGUUAAACGCCGCAACACAGCCAACAAGAAAGAACGAAGACGCACUCAGAGCAUUAAUUCUGCCUACACCUCCUUGCGGGAUCGGAUUCCAAAUGUUCCGAAUGAUACCAAGCUUUCCAAAAUUAAAACACUGCGGUUAGCGAUCUCCUACAUCGCACAUCUAUUGGCAGUCGUGAAUGGAAACCAAGAUCCGUCUUGUGACUUCCGAGCGGAGCUCGUACCCUCAUCAAGAAAAAUCAACGCAGAACGAAGGGCUCAGAAAAGUAUGCUGCAAAACCUGGCCAACGAAGGCAAAAAAAUCAAAGGUAGAACUGGUUGGCCACAGCAUGUUUGGGCAUUGGAAACCAAGACUACUAUCAAAUGAGUUUCGUUGGAAAAAAGAAGCUCAUACAUGUUUCAACAUGAUCUUAGACCCCAGUAAACGCAUAAUUCGUGAUAUUGCAUUUUAUUCUAUUUCAAACCAGUGAUCGAAACCAAAUAUGUAAAUAGUUCUCCACAGUUAGUAGUUCUUCAGUCAGAGCAAUUAAACAUUAGGUUCUAGUGUGCUUCAAA